AUGUUUGGGAAGAAGAAGAAACGGCUGGAGAUCUCAGCUCCGUCUAACUUCGAGCACCGGGUCCACACGGGCUUCGACCCGCGGGAGCAGAAGUUCACUGGGCUGCCGCAGCAGUGGCAGAGCCUGCUGGCAGACACCGCUAACCGCCCCAAGCCCAUGGUGGACCCCUCAUACAUCACCCCCAUCCAGCUGGCACCAAUGAAGACUAUUGUUCGAGGGAACCGUCCGCCCAAAGAUGCAUCCAUUAACGGCCUGCUGGAAGAGUUUGACAACAUUUCAGUAACACGUUCCAAUUCGCUGCGUAAAGAAAGUCCACCGGGCCUCCAUCAGGCCGGAGCCAGCUCCAAACCCUUGGGCAGUGGUCAUCCCAUUGCCCCAGAGGAGAAUGGGUUCAACCACUACUAUUCCCGUUACUCGUGUGACCUGGAUACUGCAAGAAGGGACUUUUCUCUGGAUCCUGGGAAGCCAGGCUUCACCAUAGAUGGGGACUGGGCUGUUGGGAGGCACUAUCGAUUCACCAAACAGAAUGGCCACUCACACCCCAUACGCAGCUCCUUUUACCCGGAUGCCAUGCCUAAAAAAUCUGACUAUGGCAAGCUCCCGCCGGACUACCACACCUUCUUGGAGAGUAAAGGGCGCUCAGCUGAUGAGGUGGCCUCUACAGUGGGGAGUGGAGUGGGCUCCAGUGGCUACUACCGUGCUUCGGUGGGAGGCUCUUCCAGCCAGGACUACCGGGACACUUCAGUUGGCACACCAUCUCGAGCCUCUCUUCACAGUGAGCAGAUUAACUACCCAGACAGCGAGUGGAGCUACGGUGGCCUGCGAGAUGAUUACGACAAAAGACCGAAGAGCUCUUAUGUGACCCAGACCAGCCCCACUCCGGCCAUCAGGCAGCGAUCUCGGUCGGGAUCUGGCCUACAGGAGCAAAAUGUCCCCUAUGCGGCCAGCGGGGCUUUUAAGAACCCUCCCCAGGCACACCCAUACAGCUCCUACACCUACCCUCGCCUGUCAGAGAGUCUCACUAAUUCCCAGACGCUAGCCAAGGGCGACUAUGAGCGUCCACCUCGUGAUGAAAGUCCCCAGGUUGCAGGUGGAAGUACCUGCGCCCGAGGGCCUCUUAAGCUACCUCAGAGUCACGUCAAACCACCUGGCUACCCCCCAAUACAUCUACCAUACCCCCCUAUCUUUCACCAUUACAAACCCUCACCCUACCAUCAUCCCCCCUCCCAGCCCAGCCCACCAUACACUCCACAGGGGGCCUACUCUCAGCCUUCAUCCCCCUACAUCCCCCCGGGGGCUUAUCCUCCUCCUUCUUGGGGGUCGAGCUCUGACACCCAACCUUCCAGAGUCUCCCAUGAACAGUUCAGAGCUGCACUCCAGCUGGUGGUCAACCCAGGCGACCCACGGGAAUACCUGGACAACUUCAUCAAGAUCGGUGAGGGCUCCACGGGCAUCGUGUGCAUUGCCAGCGAGAAGCACAGCGGCAAACAGGUGGCCGUGAAGAAGAUGGACCUGAGAAAGCAGCAGAGGAGAGAGCUCCUCUUUAAUGAGGUGGUGAUCAUGAGAGACUACCAUCAUGAAAAUGUUGUGGACAUGUACAACAGUUAUCUGGUUGGAGAUGAGCUGUGGGUUGUCAUGGAGUUCCUCGAGGGCGGGGCGCUUACGGACAUUGUGACCCACACCAGGAUGAACGAGGAGCAGAUUGCCACCGUGUGUCUGUCGGUGCUGCGGGCUUUGUCCUACCUGCACACACAAGGCGUCAUCCACCGCGACAUAAAGAGCGACUCCAUUCUCUUAACUAGUGACGGACGAAUCAAGCUAUCAGACUUUGGCUUUUGUGCCCAAGUUUCCAAAGAGGUACCCAAAAGAAAGUCUCUGGUGGGAACACCCUACUGGAUGGCACCAGAGGUCAUCUCAAGGUUACCGUAUGGGACGGAGGUGGACAUCUGGUCGUUGGGCAUCAUGGUGAUCGAGAUGGUGGACGGAGAGCCCCCGUACUUUAACGAGCCCCCUCUGCAGGCCAUGAGGAGGAUACGAGACAACCUGCCCCCGCGGCUAAAAGAGUCACACAAGGUGUCGUCUGUGCUGCGGUCCUUCCUGGACCUGAUGCUGGUCAGGGAGCCUUCACAGAGAGCCACUGCCCAAGAACUCCUUCAGCACCCCUUCCUCAAGCUGUCUGGUCCCCCCGCCUGCAUCGUUCCUCUAAUGAGACACUACCGCCAUCGCUGACCUGCCAGCCCUAACUUGCCCUCCUAAACAUUAAAGCCACACUCAAACACACCCCUCCAGGGUGACACUGCCCUCACCCAGCCAAAAAACCCCACCGCUCGUUGGUGCACCACUAAGAGUCACACUUGUUAACCGUGAAGUAGAUUAGUUUGAGGAUUAUAUUUUAAAAAAGCAUUUAAAAACACAAGUCAGAGAAAAGAAGGAGAAAAAAAACCUUUGAAUGGAUCGGAGUAGAAGAGCGCACAGUGCCAGUGGAACUCCUGUAGAAACGUGGGCCGGCUCGCCCCGCUGCUGUCUUCUUUCUUCCUAGACUGUGAGUCUACAGCUCCGUGUAGUCUCAUGGUAGCCAUCAGCCUUCCAGAGCUUCAGAAGGGUGUGCCGAGUGGCUGACAAGAAGGAUGAACUCAGGCACUGCUCAAAAGCAGAGCAGCAGAGGGCCAAACAAUCAGUGUGCGGAGAGGGGCUUUGGACGGUCCUCAGUCCAUCGUUAGAGGGACAGGCUGCUGCUCGGAAACAGACGAGCCCCCUUGCAUCUCACACACUCAAAAGUGAAAAUGUAUUUUAGAGAAACUUGUAAGAUUAUCUGUACAGUUUUGAUAAUUUGCAGUAUUUUAUUGUGUCGUAACCAUUGUGAUAUGGGCAGUAUUAAAUAGAGAUCUUUCCUACUGUUUAUAAUCCAGUUUUUGCUUAAAGAUAUGAGAUAUCCCAAAUAAACCCACCUAAACUUAACUGUUACUAAAAAAAUACCUACUAUAUUUAUUAUCUCACAUUUGUAGACAGAACUUCCAUUUAAUGUUGGAAAAAAAGGGUAAUGUCAAAAUUUUGUAUGACAUUUUAAAGUAUUUAUUUAUUUAUUGGAACUGAAGGUAUAUUUUUAUUUUUAGUAUGGCUUUUUUAUUUUGUUUCAAUUUUUUUGGGUUGGAAUUUGAUUUACAUUUCUGAAGGCACAUUGGCAGACAGUGAUAUCAGUUACUCCAUCAUCCAAGCAAUACCCCAAACCUGUGAAAGAAAAAAAAAACACGAUGCCCCGCUUUUUCUGAUUCUGUAACUCCCCUUGGAUACAAAUGUAGCACAGACCACGUGGAUUUGACAUAAAGAAAAAGGAUUACUCCUCUUUGACCUUUCUUUCUGUUUAUAUUAGCUGUAUUCCUUUAAAUGCAAGCACCCUAUCUAAGACGCCUCCCCACAGACAACGCAGAGUUCAGGAUGCAGAUAAAAGGCCUCGUUUUGUACUCACAUCCUCACUGUCAUCAUCUCACUCCUUAUCCCACCUCUGUCAGACACACUCAUACUAUCACUGGAACCGUGCUGCCAUUCCCAUAUCCAGCCGGACUAGAAGAACGGUGUAUCCCUCCCUCCCUAUAUCGUUUUUACCCAUCAGUCACUGUGAUAUGUAAAUAUGACCGUGAGCGUGUGAGCCUGCGUUUGUCAAAGAGCAAAAGAGGUGGAGUGUGUUUAUCUCUGUACAACAUCUGAAAGUGUGUUUGCGUGUGUUUGCGUGUGAGCUAAGGUGGCUACCCCUCGAAAACGUGUCUAGAUUCGAAUGAGCUGCAUUUAUCUGUGGUUUUGGCUUGUACAGUGAUAUUGCAUGUUUGUUAUCAGUGAAGCUGGUUUCAAUUAAAAAAAGACAUUAAAAACAUUAAGCUGUGUUGCAUGGAUUUUUCCUUUAUCACCCUCUAUAGUCUCUUUCUCUGAGUGUCUCAUAUCAAGCAGUUUUUUUGUUUGUUUUUUUGGGAUUAAUUAUGUUGAACGGCACACUGUCAGAUUA